GAUCUCAUAAAUGUGUGAUGGGUCUAAGCAGGACCUGACACUUAGAGAUCAGUCCAUCCCUAUGUCGUACACACCGUACCGGCAGUAGUUCAGGCUUUUUAUGUUACGUAAGCACUUCGCCUGAGCGGCUGUGGCUCAUCCAAACACUGACUACUGUAGUUCCUUUCACAUCGCCAUGAGUUCAGCAACUGCUAAAGACUCAGAGAAGACAUGCGUCUUGUGCUGUCAGGACAUCGACAUCUUCGCUUUGGGGAAAUGCGACCACCCGGUGUGCUACCGCUGCUCCACCAAGAUGAGGGUGCUUUGCGACCAGAAGUACUGCGCCGUCUGCCGCGAGGAGCUAGACAAGGUGGUGUUUGUGAAAAAGCUGGAGGCUUUUCAGUCCCUGCACUACCAGAGGUUCCCCUGUGAGAGGAAGCACGAUAUUUACUUUGCUGAUGAAACGAUUCAUUCACAGUACAGGCGUCUGCUGCUGUCAGAGUGUCCCUUCUGCCGAGAGCCCAAAGUGUUCUCCAGAUUUGAGGAGCUGGAGCAGCACAUGAGGAAGCAGCACGAGCUCUUCUGUUGCAAGCUUUGUCUGAAACAUCUCAAGAUCUUCUCCUUCGAGCGGAAGUGGUACAACCGUAAGGAACUGGCCCGUCACAGAGCUCACGGAGACCCGGAUGACACCAGCCACAGAGGACACCCGCUCUGUAAGUUCUGUGAUGACCGUUACCUGGACAACGACGAGCUGCUGAAACACCUACGCAGGGACCACUACUUCUGUCACUUCUGCGAUGCUGACGGCUCUCAGGAGUACUACAGCGACUAUCAGUAUCUGAGCGAGCACUUCAGAGAAAGUCACUAUCUGUGCGAGGAAGGCCGCUGCUCCUCGGAACAGUUCACCCACGCCUUCAGGACCGAGAUCGACUACAAGGCGCACAAGGCUGCAGCGCACAGCAAGAGUCGCGCCGAGGCCCGACAGAACCGCCAGAUUGACCUUCAGUUUAACUACGCGCCACGACAACAGAGGAGGAAUGAUGGUCACGUGACAGGAGAGGACUACGCAGAAGUUCGCCACAGUCGCGGAGGUCGAGGCCGGCCUCAGAUGGGACAGAAGAGCUGGAGGUAUUCCAGAGAGCGAGAGGAGGAGGACCGGCAGAUGGAAGCUGCUUUGAGAGCCUCCAUGGCCAUGCGUCGACUAGAGGAGAGAGCUGCUGUGCAGGAGAGGAGCACUCCCAAGCACAUCAGAGAGGAGAGGAUGGAGAGAGUGGAGGCGGAGGAGCCCAGACCUCUGACCGGUCACAUCAAAGCAGCAAGCAAACCACCAGUGAAAACAUUGAAGAGCACCAAUCCUGGAGAGGAAGAUGACUUCCCAGUUUUAGGAGCCACAGCUGGGACUUCCAUGGUGAAGUCGGCUCCUGUGGCCUCCAAAUCCGCUCUGAAGGAAGACGAGUUCCCCAGCCUCUCGAGCGCUGCCGUUUCAGCCCCGAUGACCCCAGCCUACACUGGACAGCCCAAGAAGACUUCCUCUUUCCAAGAGGAGGACUUCCCCGCUCUCGUCUCCAAAGUGCGACCUUUCAAACCUGCUUCAGGUACCAACUCUGCGUGGUCCAACCACACAACCACUGCUAAACCAAACCCCCACCCACCGCCGACCUCCAGAGCUCCUCCUCCCAUGUCAUCUGCAUCCUCUGGUCCUCAGCCCCUCUCCUCCUCAAACUUAUCAUCCUCACGCAAGAAGAAGAAAGUUGGGGUCAACGGGAAAACGGCGUAUCCUUCUGCUUCUCUUUCCGACGAUGAGAGCGGAGGAAUGACGCGGCAGGAGUUCCGUUCGGUUCCCACCAUGUUGGAAAUCUCUUCUCUCCUCACAGUUAAAGGAGGCAGCAGCAAACCGCCAAAUGCAACCUCCGCCUCUCCAAAUCCACCUCCUGCCUUGGACCCGCCCACCUCUAAGGCCAACAAGAAAAAAAAACUGAAAAAUACAGCAGCUCCCUCUUCGCCUGCAUCCACGAUGUCGGCGGUGACUCCGGCUGGAAAUACGAUCUCCGUGGAAACGGCAGCACAGAAAGAAAAUGUUCCUGAGAGAACCUGGAGCAAACCUCUUUCUAAUGCCGUCCCGGCGCCACUUUCAAAUGGAAUCGGCAGCAUCAAGGCGGACACGCCUCCACCUGUUUGCAGAGAUUCACCCGCGGUGACCCCGCCCCCGAGAGCAGAGCCUGCUCCUGAAGCAGAGGAAGAGUUCCCCGCUCUGAUAACGAAGAAACCUCCACCAGGUUUCAAGACGUCUUUCCCUGUGAAGACCCCAUCUGCCCCCACACCCCCUGCAAUGCCCCCACCUCCACCUGGUUUAGGAAUGCCCUCCCCCAAACCUCCCCCGGGCUUCACAGGAAUCCCCCUCAACAGCAACGUGGUGGAGCCUGUGGCCAGCGUACCCCCCAAGGUACUCAACAGUGGUUAUUUGGUGCCAGAGGAUUUCCAACACAGAAACCUGGAGCUAAUCCAGUCCAUUAAAAAGUAUCUGGACAACGAUGAGUCCAAGUUCAACCAGUUCAAAAACUACUCUGCCCGGUUCAGACAGAGUUUGAUGUCAGCGGCCCAGUACCACCGUCACUGUAAGGACCUGCUCGGAGACGACUUCAGCCGCAUCUUCAACGAGCUGCUGGUGCUCCUGCCGGACACUGGGAAGCAGCAGGAGCUCCUGACCGCCCACGGAGACUUCAAGGCUCUGGAGAAGCAGUCGGGCGCUGGAGGAGGAAGGAAAACUAAGAACAAGAAGAAUGCCUGGCAGACGCCUGCCUCAGCGGCCAACACGGCGGCUGAGUUGGACUGCCAGGUGUGUCCCACCUGCAGACAGGUUCUGGCCCCUAAAGACUUCAGCUCCCACAAGACCCUGCACAUCAGAGAGAAUGAGGAUUUCCCUUCCUUGCAGUCGAUUAGCAGUAUCAUCAGCUAGCGCCCCCUGCUCAGUCUUCUACUCUGAUUGUGGGGUGAGGUCUGUGUCGCCCUCUGCAGUCCUGUGGAAGCUUUGCAGCAGCCUGUGCGGUCAAACAGCUGCCUGUUUCUCGUUUGACCGCAUCCCAGAUGAGUGUCAGGCUCGUUUGUCAUAAGGAAGGAGAUUACGGUGUUUGUUCUUAGAUGAGGGCUGUUAAAUUUGAUGGUUUUCCUGAUCGGAGGAUGCACACCGCCUCGGAGGAUGUCUCCUGCAGGCGCUCACACUGAGCAUCGAAUCAGGACAAGCAGAGAUUGCAUCGCUGCCUAAAACUAACAUGAUCUUGUUCCUACUUUGCUUUUGGGUUUGUUUAAAAAGGAAGUGACCUGUUGUCUUGGUAACAGUUGAUAGAAUAUACAUGGCAGCAGUGCUGCUUGAUUAAACAUUUAAGCAGUUUCAGUUCAAACGAUUAGCCCCGUAUUUAUUAAAGUGUAGCUGGUAAACUGCAUCUCUUUGUUGCUUCAUUCAGACUGAAGCCAGAAAUGGACCUGGAAGCCAAAUUGGGUGGUGUGACAGUAAGUCGAAACAAUUUCCAUUUCAUAAUGUGUUCUUUUGUAAACACAUUUUCCACUGCUUGCCGCUGAUUUUUGGCGUAUUUGUUGAUAAAUUGGCUCAUCGGAGCUGUUGUGUUGCACAAGGUCUCAAAAUGGAAAAUUAAAACAAAUUUCCCUGUA